UGCAGUAACAACAACCCCUACGCCUCCUUCGGAGCCACACUGGCGCGGGACGAGGAGCAGAACCUGUGGAGCACCCCGCAUGACGUGACCCACACAGAGGCGGACGACGACCGGGUGCUGUACAACAUGAUCGUGGUCAGGAACCAGCUCGACAAGGACUCGGAGGAAUGGCAAAAGCUCAACUAUGAUAUUUAUACCUUACGGCAGACCCGAAAAGAAGUGAGAAGCAGGUGGAAACACAUUUUGGAGGAUUUAGGUUUCCAGAAGGAAGCGGACUCCCUCUUGUCAGUGACCAAACUCAGCAUCAUCAGCGACUCCCAGAACAUGGGCAAAGCCCGGGACAUCUUGUUAAAGCUCUCCGAAGAGACAAACAUCUUCCCGACCAGCUGGGAGCUUUCUGAGCGCUACCUCUUCGUGGUGGAUCGGCUCAUAGCUUUGGACGCUGCGGAUGAGUUCUUCAAGAUGGCCAGUGUGGUGUAUCCGAAGAGACCCAGCGGGGAAAGAGUGGAUGAUAGCCAGAAGGCCCCGCAGUGCAUCCCUGUCAUGAUGCCCUGA